CACAAUGCAACCCGGGCUGGCCUCGAAAUUGGGGUCCUGCCUCAGCCUCCGGAGAGCUGGGAUUAUAGGCACGCAUGCACCAAUUGCUUCGUUAGGGACGAUCUCUCAAAAUCCAGGGGCUUGGAUAUCUGUGGACCUCCAAAUCAGACAGAUGGAGCGGGCGUCUCAAGCCUGGGAAGUCGGCGUCGCCCGACUGGAUGGGGGAGAGUGGGGGUCGCAGCCUUCUUCCAGGAGAGCGCAGAGAUGGAGGGGGGGUGGGCCGCGGUACAGGAGUAGGGACGUGGAGCGGGCUCUCGGAUGACACAGGCGCCUCCGCGGCGGCAGCACACAAACCCGACACGGGUGCAUCUGUCCCCUAACCCGGAACAGCAGCCGGGUCCCCGCGCACCCGCUGCCCACGUGCCGAUGAUGACCACGUGGGCUGCGAAGAAACUCCUUCACACAGCGGCCUACUACGCCUCCCGCCGCGUGGGCGUCGCCGUGCUGUGGACCAGCCUCGUCACCGAGUGGCUCAACCUCGUCUUCAAAUGGUUUCUCUUUGGAGACCGGCCCUUCUGGUGGGUCCACGAGUCAGGCUACUACAGCCAGUCUCCAGCCCAGGUUCACCAGUUCUCCUCUUCGUGUGAAACUGGCCCAGGCAGCCCAUCUGGACACUGCAUGAUCACAGGGGCAGCGCUGUGGCCCGUGAUGACGGCACUGUCUUCCCAGGUGGCCGCCCGGUCGCGCAGCCGCUGGGUGCGGGCCAUGCCCGGCCUGGCCUACUGCACCUUCCUGCUGGCCAUCGGCCUGUCCCGGAUCUUCCUCCUGGCACACUUCCCCCACCAGGUGUUGGCUGGGCUGGUGACUGGUGUGGCCCUGGGUUGGUCGAUGGCCCCCCGAGUGCCCAUGGAGCGGGAGCUCAGCUUCUACGGGCUGACUGCACUGGCCCUCAUGCUGGGCGCCAGCCUCAUCUACUGGACCCUCGUGACGCUGGGCCUGGACCUUUCCUGGUCCAUCAACCUGGCCUCCAAGUGGUGCGAGCGGCCUGAGUGGGUGCACAUCGACAGCCAACCCUUCGCCUCGCUGAGCCGAGACUCAGGGGCGGCCCUGGGCCUGGGCAUCGCCCUGCACUCACCCUGCUAUGUCCAGAUCCGAAGGGCGAGGCUGGGAGGCAGGCAGAAAGUAGCCUGCCUGGCACUGACCCUGGCGCUGCUGGGGGCCCUGAGUUGGCUGGGCCACCCACCCCAGGCCAGCCUCUUCUAUAUCUUCAACUUCCUGCAGUACACACUGUGGCCCUGCCUGGUCCUGGCCCUGGUGCCCUGGCUGGUCCUCACCCUCAGCACCCCACAGGCCCCGCCCACCCGCUCCUCGUGACUGAGGCCUGGACCACACUCCAGAGCACAGGGCUCCCCUCCUCCCAACACCUGGUCUUCGCCCUGAGGGUCUCCUGUCUCCCUGAGAGGGCAGGACACCCCUGCCCUCCCUCCAGGGCCCCAAGCAAAGGCAGCAAGACCUCUGCAUUGCUGCGGGGGGGGGGGGACACGACAUGGGACACCCUGGACGGCAAUAAAGUCCUUAAACUUGGGAUA